CUAGAGGACGAUACAUCGUUGUUUGUAUUUCUCCACUAACUGCAUAAAUUAUUAGUAGACCAAAAUGUUGUAUAAGUACUUAAAAAUAAUUAUUUUUUGUGCAAGUGUUGGAGUAAAUGGGCUAAUCAGCGACCGGUAUUAUCCGCGUUAUCAUCUGGCUCCGCCAAAAGGCUGGAUGAACGAUCCCAAUGGUUUCGCAAUGUUCAAAGGUGAAUACCACUUGUUUUACCAAUACAACCCAGAUAGUAGUUUGACAUCUGAAACAGUGCAUUGGGGACAUGCAAAAAGUCCGGAUCUCUUCCAUUGGGAAGACCUGGGAGUGGCAAUGUAUCCGGAUCAGCCUUACGAUAAAUCAGGAGUAUUCUCUGGAAGUGCCUACGUAGAAGGUGAUACAAUCUACUUCUAUUAUACUGGGAACGUAAAUAUGCCAGGGGAAAAUCCAGAUCAUGCAAAUACACAGGCACUGGCAAUAAGCACAGAUGGUGUUAACUUGGUAAAGUAUGAAAAAAAUCCUAUUAUUGAAGGAGCGGAUAGGCAACCAGAUUUCAGAGACCCAAAAGUGUGGAAACAUGGAGACACUUAUUACAUGGUUUUAGGAAACUCUUAUAAAAAUAGUAAAGGUGAUGCUACUGGAAGAGCUCUUCUCUAUUCUUCUAAAGAUAAAUACAACUGGAAAGAAGAAUCCGUACUGGCUGAAUCAAACGGCACUCAAGGUUAUAUGUGGGAAUGCCCUGACUUUUUUGAAUUAAAUGGCAAAUAUGUUUUACUAUUUUCACCUCAAGGUAUGGCACCUGAAGGUGAUAAAUACAAAAAUCUUUACCAAACUGGGUAUUUAGUUGGUGAUUUUGAUUAUAAUACCCACGCUUAUAAAACGGAUGGUGUAUUUAGAGAAAUAGACCACGGACAUGAUUUCUAUGCGUCACAAACAAUUGUCAAUAAAAGAGGAGAAAGAAUCGUAGUCGGCUGGUUUGAUAUGUGGGAAACUCAAUAUCCGGAAAAGGCCGACGGUUUCACUGGGCAGAUGACAUUGCCACGAGUAUUGACGCUUACAAAACAAGGAACAAUUUUGCAGAAACCGGUUACUGAAAUAUCUAAGGCCCUCGGUAAGACCGCGUACAGUGGGAUAGCAAGUCAAAACACAGUUGUUUCGUUGCAAGAUAAUAUCGGAGAAAUUAAAGUGAUUGCACAUGCAAAUAAGAAUUUCACUUUGUAUAUUGAAUCUGAGGAUGAAACAAGGAGAGUUGUUCUGAGUUACGAUGCUAAGCGUAGUCUUGUAACCCUCGAUCGUGGCGGCGAUGACAAUAUUCGAAGAACAACCUGGAAAGCUUCUCCAGUUUUGGUAUGGGAUAUUUUCAUCGAUACCAGUUCUAUUGAACUAUUCUGUGGUCGAGGAGAAGUGACAUUUUCGAGCAGAUUUUUCCCCGUAGGUCAGGUCAAGGUUCGUCCAGGUAACGAACAACCUAUCCUAAUGACAGUCAAUGGCAUGAAACGCACUAUGUAUCUACCUUCGUAAAAAUAUGUAAGACCUAAUAUGAUUUGACUUCGAGCUUGAAUUUUUAACCUGUACUAAUAAAAAUAUAAUAAACUAAAAAUGUUUUCUGUUGAAA